GGAGACUGCAGAAUGUAGUGUUAUUCUUGCUGUACUUCUUAGUAUGAUCAACAAACUCGUCCCGGAAGACAAUCCGCUACUGAAAAGAAAAUUAAGAAAACAAGUAUGGAUAGGUACCGGCGCAGGGCUUAUUAUCACGAUAAUACUCGGUGGUAUUUUCGUUGCUGUUUUCUACACAAUCGCUGCCAACCUCUGGGCGAAUAGUGAAGCAAUAUGGGAGGGGGUGUUCUCGCUUUUGGCGGCCAUUGUGACAUUAAUAAUGGGUUUAGGCAUGAUAAGAGUCAGCCAAUGGAAGUCCAAGUGGGAGGGCAAGCUCAAAGAGGCAACUGAAAAGUAUCUUGCCAGGCAUAGCCAAGGAGAGAAAUGGGCUAUGCUCCUUCUUUCAUUCAGUGUUGUCGCUAGAGAAGGUCUCGAAUCGUUUGUAUUCAUUGCCGGGGGAUCCAACGUUAUGUCCCUUAAUAUCUUCUUUGCCGUGAUGACUGUACUUUUAUUAUUUAUCUCCAGCGGCUUGUUCUCGUCAUCCGUGUUUGAAUUAAACGAAGCAUCAGGAACACCCAUAAAAGUCUUGUGGAAGAUCGGCUGUUGUGACCCAGAGCAGAGUACUGGUUGGGGUAUUGCCCAUGCUCUGUUUGGUUGGAGAAAUGAAGCCACAUUGGGUUCAACUCUUGGAUAUAUUUCAUGGUGGAUUGUUAUUGCCGCUGGUUUG